AAGUAUAAACAUUAGAUUCUUUCAAAUUGUAUAAACAGCGUUUGAAACUGACAGAAAACUCUCAGUUUUGCUUUCUCUUCAAUGGCUUCUCCAAUGAGUUCUGAAAGGACAAAAGGCGAAAAUUACGAGCCUAAUCGCAUGAAUCCCCAGCAACCAGUUCUCGAUGUGGCUCCUCUGAAUUGCGUGCCAUACAUGGGUCCAACUAAUCCAGAUAUGUUUUCUUCACCAACCAAAGAGAACACAGAGGCUGCAGACGCUGUUGGUCCAGCUAUGAUAUUUCUGCCUUCACAAUCAACAAGGGAGGAGUUGGAUACCAUCUUGGCAGCUACCAAAAAUGGAGUUGCUCUGACUGGUGCUGCAGCCACAGGAUCAAUUGGACCUGUUAUUGGAAAAGUGGAAAUUGGUGAACUGGAGGAUUCGUACUAUUUCCGUGUCUCCCUUCCCGGGGUAUCAAUGGACAAAAGGGAUUUCAAUUGUGACAUUGAACCUGAUGGAAAAGUAGUAAUAAAGGGGAUAUCAACAACCGGUGAGAAGAUAGUAUGCAAGAACUUGCAAAUCUUUCAUAUGCUGACACAAAAUCUAUGCCGGCCGGGACCCUUCACCGUCUCAUUCCAGCUACCUGGUCCGGUCAAUAACCAAGAAGCGACUAGCUAUUUGGCUAAUGGAAUGCUUGAAGCCAUUGUGAAGAAGAUGUAAUUCAGAAGCGUUACAAAGCCAGUCACUGCAUUUUUCUUUGCCUUGCAUGCAACUCAGUAGUAAUAUGUUAAGCUUUAAGCAUCAGUUUAGAGACUGAUGAACUUUGGAACUCUUUUCGAAAUAAAAUGGUUUAACAUUAGUCUUCC